CUUCCAUUUUAUCCUCACAGCAGCCCCAUGAAGUAGGUAAAUCUGAGAGUGAGUUGGGUCCAUUUCAUGGCUGCGGUGGGGAACUUCAGUCUGGGUCUUCCCAAUUACAAUCCUGUGCUGUAACUACUGGAUCCCACUAGCUCUUGAUCAAUGAUGGUUGGGUGUGUGUCAUUUUAAUAGCUGGAAUGCUGUUUGGGAGGAGAGAAGCUGAUUAACUUUAAUCACAGUACCUCUGAUUUAUUUGUUUCCUUUGUUUUAUUUAUUGUUCCUCUGCCCCAACAAGUCUUGAUCUCUUGGGACCACAUUCUCCAUGGCAUGAAACACUUGGGCUGGCCGGCCACCUUUAACCGCAUGAGGUGGGUUUUCCACAAAAGAUGGUAGGGAAACUCAAGCAGAACCUCUUGCUCGCCUGUCUGGUGAUUAGUUCGGUGACUGUCUUCUACUUGGGGCAACAUGCUAUGGAAUGCCACCACCAAAUAGAGGAGCGAAGCCAACUGACCCGCCUAGAGCCAGCCAAAGCAACCACAAGAACCAGCCAGAGCAUGAAGGAAAAUGCCACGCUGGCUUACAACAAAGACAUGCCUUUAAUAUUUAUUGGGGGAGUACCCCGGAGUGGCACCACCUUGAUGCGGGCAAUGCUGGAUGCUCACCCAGACAUCCGCUGUGGAGAAGAGACACGGGUGAUCCCUCGGAUUUUGGCUGUGAAACAGAUGUGGGCUCGGUCAAGCAAAGAGAAGAUGCGGCUCAAUGAGGCGGGUGUCACAGACGAGGUGUUGGACUCUGCCAUGCAGGCCUUCCUCUUGGAGAUUAUCGUGAAGCAUGGGGAACCAGCUCCUUACCUUUGCAACAAGGACCCCUUUGCCCUCAAGUCUUUAACUUACCUUGCCAGGAUUUUCCCCAAUGCCAAGUUUAUUUUGAUGGUCAGAGAUGGCCGGGCCUCCGUUCAUUCCAUGAUCUCCAGGAAGGUCACCAUCGCUGGCUUUGAUCUGAAUAGCUACAGGGAUUGCCUGACCAAGUGGAAUCGUGCCAUUGAGACCAUGUAUAACCAGUGCCUGGAGGCUGGUGUCGACCGUUGCAUGAUGAUGUAUUAUGAACAGCUAGUCUUGCACCCCGAGCAGUGGCUCAGGACGCUCCUCAAAUUUCUCCACAUCCCGUGGAAUCCUGCAGUUUUACACCAUGAAGAAAUGAUCGGGAAAGCCGGGGGAGUGUCCCUAUCAAAAGUUGAAAGAUCUACGGACCAAGUUAUUAAGCCAGUAAACGUGGAGGCCUUGUCGAAAUGGGUUGGAAAAGUCCCCAUUGAUGUCCUUCAGGAUAUGCCAGUGAUCGCACCAAUGUUGGGGAAGCUUGGCUACGACCCCUAUGCCAACCCACCCAAUUAUGGGAAGCCGGAUCAGAAAGUCCUUGAAAACACAAGAAGGGUUUUUAAAGGUGAAUUUCAACUUCCUGACUUCCUAAAAGGAAUGCCACAGAAACAGUUUCACAGCGUAUAUGGUGAUGGGCAGAGUGUCUUACUGUCCCUCUUUGAGCACAAUCUAUUUAGAAGCGGUCUGCCACAAGCCCUCUUAAAAUGAGUGCACAAAUAAAAGUGAAUUCAAGCAUAAUGUUGCUGGUGAGGAUGAGACCCUUGAAUGCUGAUAUAUUUGGAAGCUGAAUAUGGUGGUCUUUCUUGGAAGGAAACCCUUUGCAGUGGAAUUUUCUGACUCUGGGAAUGAAAAUGGAAAUUUCCAAAAUAUUGCAGAGUAAGAAAGAUGGAUACUUUUGUGGUAUCAAAUAAAUGGUUAAUAUCCUUCUUUUUAAACCAAGAGUCAGUCAGAAAAAAGACCAAACAUAUUGAUGAAUGAGGACCAGAGUACACAAAACCAAUUUUCAAGAUUUUGUAACCUAGUCCUUUGCUCACUGCAAUAAACCUGCCUACUCUGAAUCUGUGAGAAUCACUCUUUCUAAAUUGUGAGCUGUUGUUAGGGGGUUGACAUCCUUUGAAGUAGACCUAUAGCUCACUGAUAACACAUAUGCUGGUCGUGUUACCUUUUUUGAUUCCAGCAGCUAUAAGGUAGCUGGGCUAAGGAAUAUCCCUCUCUUAUUUGGGUUCUUAGUUGCCACUAGUUGGAGGAUCAAUACUAGGCAAGAAAGAUAAAUAAAGUGACUUGGUUAAAAUAACUAGUUUGUGUUGCUAUUAAUGGCAGAUAGAUCUGAUUUGUGGGGAAGAAUCAUGCCCUUUGGGGCAAGCUUGGUUGAAAGCUGUGCAACAGCACAACAGCAUUUCUCUUUUCCCAGAAACAAAAUCCAACUAACUGUGGAAACUGUGAGAUGAUUGAAGGUCUUGGUUCUUCUUUUUUGGUGGUGUAAAAAUGUCUCCUCCACUCAGUAGGAAAUAUGGAGCUAUCCUCAGUGACUGAUUCUGCUCUGCAUCAUCCCCUAGACUAGCCAUGUAAAUUGGGCAAAUCACUGGAUCAGUCCAGGAAGUGCUACAAAGGUGAAAUGGCCUCUGAAAAGAGCCUCACUACUAUGGGCAUAUGGCUCUGAAAAGAGAGAAAAAGCCAACAAUGACAGCCACUUCAUAUACUUUUAGAAAUGAGCAAAAACUUUAAUCUGCUCCAGAAGAGAGCAGUAAUAUUUAAUAAAAAUUGGGGCAUCAAUCUGUUAGUGGAAAUAUGCCCUGAGAGGAGGACAGUAAAACAGAUUAGAUUAACUACUAAUUUGCACAUUCUUAGUCUUGGCAUACUGGGAAGUUUUGUUUAGAUUCUUUACCUUGGACAGUCUUGUGUUUGAUUCAGAAUAUGGCUGUUCCACCUGACUGUGUACUAAGAUUGGGAAACAAAUGUGCAUGUACUAUGGAUUGCUCAAUCCUGAGGAGAUGUGCUGAAACCUUAUGUUUUCU